CACGUUCCAGCGCAUGUCAGACAACUUUGCAGCCGGUAACGGAACUAUCCUCUGCCACAGGUGGAAAAGACAAGCAUAACAGUUACAAGUCAUUCACGACGUCUCAUCACAAGCAUGCAGUUCGACAUCAGGCGACUGGACCUGUAUCGGAAGAUUCCGAAGGACCUGACCCAGCCCACCUCAACAGGUGCUCUCAUCUCUGUGUGUUCCGUCCUCUUCAUCACCUUCCUGUUCUGCUCCGAGCUGCUGCUCUUCAUCAACACAGAGGUUAUCAGCGAGCUGAGUGUUGAGGACCCUGUCCAGCACUCUGAGAAGAUCCCUGUCUUUAUCAACAUCUCCCUCUACAAGAUGGAGUGCCAGUAUAUUGGGUUGGACAUUCAAGAUGACAUGGGGCGUCACGAGGUCGGCUUCAAGGACAACACACAGAAGUUUCCCUUAGGUGCUGGUGGUGAGGGCUGCAGGUUCGAGUCCUUCUUCCUCAUCAAUAAGAUCCCAGGCAACUUCCACGUCUCCACCCACUCCUCAGCAGCCCAGCCUCAGAACCCUGACAUGAACCACAGGGUACACAAGCUACGGUUCGGGAUGGAGAUGGAGGAAGGGAAGACAGUAAAGGGCUCUUUCAACUCUUUAGAGGAAGUGGACAAGUCUAAAGCUAAUCCCCUAUCAACCCACGACUACAUCUUGAGAGUGGUGCCUACUGUGUAUGAAGAUAUACAAGGCACUGCCAGAUACCCUUACCAAUAUACAUACUCCUAUAGGGAUAUAGUACAGUAUCAUCAUGGUGGUGCAGCGGUUCCAGCCAUCUGGUUCCGAUACGACCUUAGCCCCAUCACUGUCCGGCACAAGGAGAAGCGCAAGCCUUUCUAUACAUUCCUGACAACAGUAUGUGCCAUUGUUGGAGGAACGUUCACAGUUGCUGGAAUCAUAGACUCAUUAAUCUAUACUGCUUAUGAAGUUUUCCGAAAGGCCGAGCUUGGUAAACUGAGCUGAUUGGCUGGUUGUGAGAAUCAUCAUCAUCAUCAUCACCAUGUCGCCACGUCGCAACAUUCCAUAGUCUGUACAGCUGGUGGGGGAAGAGGAUUAGCAGUGAACACUGUAGUCAAGGUCAAGGCUAACCAGGAUUUAGUUGGGCUCCCUAAAAUAGCUUUUAUUUUUGGGGUUCGUUUAUUAGGGAAAUACAUCUUUAUUAUUGUUUCUGAGCAUUGUAGCCAUACCUUUGUUUGUUUUGAGUUGCCUCAAUAGAUAUGUAACAGUCAGAAAUAUGAUCUGCGUCAUCUAUGGUCCUGGAAGUGACAGUAUGAUUGAUCUUCAACCUUGAUUGUGUUAUUCAACAGUGUGUUUUAAAGUGUUAUAUUUGGAAUUUCGUUACGUGUUUUUGGGUAUUUUUUGACAAUAAUUGUAACCUAAUAACCAACUGUGUCUUUUAACAACUUCUUUUAAACGUAAAUUCAUAUGUAUGAAUAUGAAAAUUUUAUUACGGACAAAAUUGAGACUCAAAGUCAUUGUUCUUUGUCAAAGUAAACAGUUACUUAUAAGUGUUCUGCUGGGAUUAGAUCAUGUUCAAAAUGGUGAAGAGGACUAAAAAGAGGACUUUUUUUUAGAUAUUCUGGUUUUUAACAAUUUUUCUCAAUAGUAACUUUGUAUGUUUCAGAUCAAAUAUGGCUUUUGUUAGCUCCUUAUGUGAAAAAUCUUAAUCUUUUGUAAACAUCUUAAUCUUAUGUAAAUAGUUCAUAUUCGUUUCAAGUUUAUACUCAAUUUAUUUCCAAAGAACAUGUAUGGUUUAGACAUAAGAGAUGUUACUAUGAAGCGUCUAGAGUGGGAUGUUGAGAAAUACCUCAGGAUACUUUCAAAUCAAAGCUAUCUUUAAUACAAAUUAGUUCAGUUGUUUAAGAUAUUAGAACAUCUAAAGUUUUGUCCACUGUUAUCCAUUAGAAAUAUUGUUUUAGCUGCAUGGAUUUCACAGUUACUCAUUAGGAAGGCAAUAUAUUUAUUUAGUCAAUGUAAAAUCAAUGUAAAAGAAAUCUUGUAUUUUCGCAUAUUCAUUUUGUUAGAAUGGCAAAAAGACUUAGAACAGCUUGGUAGCUAUGUAUCAAGUAUUGAAUAUAGUAAUGGUGGAGGUAGCUACCAGUGCUGGGUGUAUACUGUGGUAGUACUGUUGGGUAUGAGGCUGGUCUGAUGACAGUAUUGUCACAUGUGAAGUAUCAAGCAGUAUGAUUCACUUUAUCAGGUUGCAGUACUAUCCAUUAGUGGUGGUCCGAUUAAUUGAAAUAAUCAAAGAUGGUCGCAAUAACUAUGCAAUCGAUCAUGUUUUGUCAUAAUUGAACACAAACAAUUUUGGAA